AUGAGCUUGCAUUAUGGUGAAUCUGCAAAGCAAAGAGGUAAAAAAUAUUUUUUAAAAAGUGGAAAAGAAAUUUUAACGCAAAAAAAAUUGAAUACAAAAGAAAUAUUUUUAGAGAUAACAUUUUUUUGGUUUUUUAUAAGGAAAGUAGCGAAACAAAAUUUUUGAAAGCAUAGGAUUUUUUUGAAAAGCAAAAAAAUGAAGAAAAAAUUAUAAAGCAUCAAUAAAUGUUUUUUUAAAAGUUUCUAGAAAGUCAAAAGCACAAAAAAAUCAAAAAAAAACUUUUUUGAAAGGCAAAAACCAAAUAUAUUUUUUUCUUUUAAUUUUUAAUUCAAAUUAUUUUAGUUCCCUCACCUCCAUUGGACCUCCAAGUAGUCGCACUGAACGCCACAACGUUUAGAGUGGCUUGGAACAAGCCAGAGCACUCAAACGGACAGAUUUUUGGCUACUACGUCUACCAAGAUAAACUUGUGGACGGAGCGCCAACGCCGAACGGACGGAAAAAGAAUGUGCUGUGGAAUCAGAAUGUGAGUUUUGUUUUUUGCUUUUUUUUUGCCUAUUUUAGUGUUUUUACUUUCAGUAAAAAAUCUGUACAACAAAUUUGCAAAAAAAAUUAAAUUAAUUUGUUAUAUAUGUUUUUCGAUGUACGAAGUUUUAUUUUGGCCAAAAUUUUGGCCCUAUUGCCACAAAAAACAUAUUUCAUCGUAUAAAAUGUCGACUUCUCAUAACAAUGAAUUUUCAGGCAAACCACACGAUAGUUUCUGACCUAGAGCCCAAUUCCGAGUACAUUAUUAGAGUGAACGCCUUCAACGAAAAUGGCGAUGGAGAAUUUGCGAAUUCGGAGACAUUCCGAACUGGGAGAAGUCGUAAGUUUUACUGUUAGAAAAUUACGCGUUGACUGUUCACAACGUAUUUUACAAAUUACUUUCACGUCUAAAAAUCAAUGACAGCUUAUUUUUAAUACUACUCUGUUCGCAAAGUCGCAAAAAAAUAAAAAAUCAAGAAACUCAUUUGUUAUAAAGAGGUUUCGUUUUAAAAAAGUUCACUUUAGCCUAGAACAGCCUGUUUGAAUCUCUAAAACCUGUCACUGUAGGCAGCCUUAGGAUUUUUACCAAGGCUGAUUUUACAAACUUUCCACAAUAUUCAAAUUUACGGCCACUCCAACAAUAUCAUAUCACCUUUCAGCUCCUGAAGCCCCAAGGCCUCAAUCCGUCUCGCUGAUGGACGAAAAUCCUCCGCUCCGAGCGAGAGUCGAAUGGCUUCCAGCUCCUGAUCGCGGAGACAACGCCAGAGCUCCAGUCAAAGAUUAUCUUGUUUGGUAUCGCGCGACGGAUAGCGAUGGCUACUGGAAGAAUGUGCGGGUCGCGGGAAGCGAGACCAGCGCCGUUUUGGAAGAUUUGAGUGAGUUUUUUGGUUUGCUUUGGACGCAAGAACGUAUUUUACAAUAGAUGAAGAGGGUUUUUGAUGAUUUUUGGAGCGAUUUAUAUAUUGUAACACAGAUAAAGAAAUUAUAAAAAAAGUUCUUUUAUAAUUUUUAGAGCCAUAUAGAUAAUUUACUAAGGAGAUGUUAACGUAUUUUACAAUAGCAGAAGAAGCUUUUUCUGAUUUUUUAGACCCCCAUAUUGUCAUUUUAAAGCCUCAUGGCGCUACGUCAAUGUUUGAUUUUACAUUUUCUUUAAAUUAGAACUAAAAAAGAGAACCGCGAAGGAGGCGCAGUCGUAUUUUAAACUUUUUUUUUGCCAAUACGUUAGACAUCUUUUGCAAAAAUCUUUUUUUCCAGACAUGGGAACAGAGUACGAGAUUCGUUUGGCCGCCCAAAAUGAGGACGGUCGCUCGGACAACGUCACAGAGCGUUUGAACACUCCCGUUGGCCGUCCAUCAGCGCCUCCAUUGAACAUUCGAUACUCGAUCAGUGGAGACAAAGCCACAUUCCAAUGGGAUCCGCCAAUGGAAGAGUUCCAAAACGGGCCGAUUACCGGUUACCAUGCGGUUUUGGCGUGCUCCGAUAAUACUCCGCCAAGGCAUCAGACUGUAAGUAAAGGUCAUGAUGAAUAUAUUUCUUUGCGAUUUUUUCGAGGUAAAAUACGAUAAUUGAAGCGACAUCGACCUCAUUUUUAUCUUUUCUAUGUUCUAUUACCUUUCAAGGACGUAUUUGAAAAAUUCCCGCUUAAAUCUUCACUUGCAACAGAAUGCCAAGAUUUGCAAAAAUCUCGCCAAAAUUCAAAAUUUCAGGCCAGAAUUUUAUAUUGCGCGAUUUCAGGUGACCCGACAGUGGUCUCAGUACACGAUUGACUUGAAAAAGAGCUAUGGCUUUCGCGUUGCAGCCUCAACUUCCAAGGGAGACGGCCCAUUCGCAGAUCAAAUUCGAGUGCACCCCGCGGACGGAGGUUGGUUUACUUUUGAGCUGUUAUUUUAA